UUUAUUUUAUUAGUUCACUUGGGAAAUGGUAGCGUUCUAUCUUUCUAUAAAUUAUAAAUGGGAAGAAGACAUCACAAGUGUAUUUUAUGUUCUUGAACAUAGUGAUAUGAAUUAUAAUAGCCAUUAGAAGGCAUGCGUUACCCACUUCGAAUGAUAGAUAUAAAUUAAGAUGUUGUGUAAGUUGAAUAAAUUAAUUUCAGAACGAGCCGAUAUCUUAUUGCUAAUACGAAAAUAAAAUAAAUUUAGUUUUUUUAAAUUUUUAUUUAACUUUUAAGUACCUUUUUGGUAAAAACAAACAAAGAACUUUUGCACCGAAGCGUCAUAUUUGUAUGUUACUAUGGUUACGACAGACGCUUUUUAGAUCGACACUUUCUACUGUUAUGAUUGGUUGACAUAUAUAACAAUGUAUGUGAUGUUAGUUAAGAGUGUGGCAAGCAGAACGAGGUUUGUGAUUUGAUAAUCCGUGAAAUGUGAAGGUUGGCUGGUUGGCUCAAUUAGUGUUAGAUCGAAAGUCUGAAGUAUCAAGUAGAUAUUUUACAGGUGAGCAGUAGCGUUAAAAUAUAUACAACUUUGUAUAGUUUCUUUUAAGCUUAAUUUUUUCGCUACUAACUUUAUUGUAAGUUCACGAUUCUAACUAUGAAUAACGACAAUUUCUUCUGUGAGUAUCUUCGCAACGGACUGAGAAACAAAGAUGAAGAGGCGCUAUACGUCUGUUUUGAUUACUUUGAUAUAGAUCGUGAUGGAUGUUUAAACAUGAAAGAAUUCGGGAAUCUUGCUAAGUCUCUGUUAUCAGAUCGUUCGGGAAGGCCUUACCCAUUGUCAAUCAGAAUGCAGGCGGACAUGUUUUUUGUGUUUGAUAGAAAUAAAGACGGCAAGAUUGACAUGGAAGAAUUCAAAAUUGUUUGGAAAGAUUGGAUUAAAGUGAUUCUUCACCCUGUUAGUGCCCUGAUCAUCGUAGAUGUUCAGAAUGAUUUUAUAUCUGGAACAUUGGCUAUUCGUAACUGUCCAGCUGGUCAAGAUGGCCUAGACGUUGUAAACGUUAUUAACUCCAUGUUGAACUCCGUUCCAUUUGAUGUUGUGAUAUAUUCUUUGGACUGGCACCCUCCAGAUCACGUGUCCUUCAUUGACAACCUCAAACAACGCAAAGUUCACGCUGACAGCAAGGUUUCCGCUGAGGAUGCUAAGCUUUUUGACACUGUGAUAUUUGAAGGCCCACCUCGCACAGAACAGAAACUAUGGCCGAGACAUUGUGUUCAGCACACUUGGGGUGCAGAACUGCACCCUGACCUAAAGGUCGUUCGGAACGGAAUACGUGUGUACAAAGGGAUUAAUUCGAAUAUUGACAGCUAUUCAGCUUUCUGGGACAACCAAAAAAUGUCCGAAACUAAAUUAGGUGCUGAGUUGAGAAAGUGGAACGUUGGAGAUGUGUACAUCUGUGGCCUGGCCUACGACGUGUGCGUUGGAUCUACUGCUCUUCACGCGCUGGAACAUGGCUACCGAACAGUAGUGGUGGAUGACGCCAGCCGAGGGGUCAACAUGGAAGAAAUCGCCUACAUGCAGAAAACACUCAUUUCCCGCAACGCUGUUGUAGUUACGUCUGAUAAAGUGAGGGAUAUGGUAGAAGGACUUGACCGUCGUCCUGAGAUGGGUUACAGAGCGGCACUGCGAUUGGCUAACGACAAGGUGAUAGUAUGAAGAAUAAAUUAACUUCUUUCUUCUCGUCCUAUGCUUACCCAUUUUUCCGUCCAGAACUUUUUACUUCGAUUUUAGCACUUAAACCCUCUUUCUUUUUGCAACUUUACCUGUGUUAUAUUAAACAAACACAUAAUGUGUCCUUUUUAUGUCCAGUAGAAAUUAUCGUUUUAGAAAGACUUCACAUCAGUCAUAAAUAAAUGAGUAUUUUAUUCAUUACAAUUAUUCUGUAAAGUUCAAUAGUCGCAUAGAACCCAUUCAAAAAGACUUCGAAAUUAACAUAUUCUUAUGUGAUAUGUAUUUAUUAUUCUAGUAAUUAACCUGGUCAUACGUGACAUGGAUUUAAUAUUAUACUAAAUUAACAUAAUCGUACGUCAUGUAGAUUUCUGAUUCUGUUAAACUAACACAAUCAUAUGUGAUAAUGAUUUAUUGUUCUAUUAGAUUAUCGAAAAAGAUUUAAGAUAUUAUAGUUAUAACUGAACAUUUUAUGGUGUGUUUUCUGUUGUAGCAGUUUAGCUAUGUUCCCAGCUUUGUUACUACUAAACAGUAAUUGUAAAAGUUAUUGAAGCUUGAGAAGAGUAUUAUAAUUUUUUUACUCAGACAAAAUUAAUAUCUGAAAAUUGUCAAUGAAAUAAUUUUAAUUGCACAGUUGUCAAAGCAUGAGAGAACUAACGUGCAGGUAUAUAUAUGUGUUUUAAUUUUCGUAACGCAUUUUUAAUGUAAAAUCGAUUAAGGCUGUUGACUGAUUGCUUUGAAAUAUAAAAAAAAUAUUUACUCUGAUAUUAUUCUGCUGCUAAAAGAAAUACUUCCUAAUAAUGUCGGAAUGGGAAAGAGUAUAGGAAUCCAUUUCUGCUUGAAGCUUUACUCGGUUAAAUUUAAAUAUAGGGAACAUGAAAAAUUUGAAAUCUCUUCAUUUUGAGACACUACCGGCAAAAUGAGCACAACAGAUUAGCCAACGUAACUUAAUAUGGAUAACUGUAUUCCAUUCAAAAGUUUCUUGGAAGAAUUAAAAACAAAACAAAAACAUAUCUGGAAAAUGCAGUGAGCAUAUAAACAAGCCGUCUUCUCUCUUCGGACUCAGUGUCAGGCUGUUUCAAAAUGCAAGUGAGAAAAAUCACAUUAAACUUUAUCACAUUUCUUUAAUAAUAUAGUAUUAUUGUGAUAGAAAAAUAAUGAGAAAGUUUUACUGGUGGCACAAAAUAUUAACUUAGAAUGUUCAAUUUGUAGAAUCUGAGGCUUCCAGUCUUCUGAAGUUAGAAGUUAUAAUAUUAGAUACGUUAAAUGUGUGAGCGUGUAUCUACGCAGUUUUCAUUGUGUAC